CUGGGAUGACAGCAGCUCGGUUAGUAGUGGCCUCAGUGACACUCUUGACAACCUCAGCACGGAUGAUUUGAAUACCACCUCAUCUGUCAGCUCUUAUUCCAAUAUAACUGCCUCUUCAAGGAAGAACACUCAUCUGAAGACAGACUCGGAGAAGCGUUCAGUUACAGACAGCGAAACUUGGGGCAGCACUGAAGAACUGAAGAAACCAGAGGAAGACUUUGACAGCAGUGUAGACAGCAGUGGCAAGUGGAAAGGCCUUCCCUCGGGGCUGUCAGAAGAGUCAGAGAAGGGGGGACAGAAAGCAUCUCUCUCCGUCUCACAGACCGGAUCCUGGAGGAGGGGCAUGACUGCACAAGUAGGAACAACUCAGUCCAGGCACAAAGCAGGAACAAGUGCGCUCAAGACCCCUGGAAAAACAGAUGAUGCAAAAGCUUCAGAAAAAGUAAAGACUCCCCUGAAAGGAGCCUCCAUUCAGCGUUCUCCAUCAGAUGCAGGAAAAAGCAGUGGUGAUGAAGGAAAAAAGCCUCCCUCUGGCAUUGCAAGGUCAACAGCUACAGGGUCCUUUGGAUUCAAGAAGUCUGGGAUGGGAUCUUCUACCAUCAUCACAACAAGUGGAGCAACUAUCACAAGCGGGUCGGCGACUUUAGGAAAAAUGCCAAAAUCUUCAGCCAUCAGUGGGAAGUCCAAUGCAGGGCGGAAAACAAGCUUAGACGGUUCCCAGAACCAGGAUGACGGCGUCCUGCAUGUGAACUCAAAGACGACUCUGCAGUAUCGAAGUUUACCUCGCCCAUCAAAAUCUAGCGGCAGUGGAAUCCCUGGCAGGGGUGGCCACCGCUCCAGCACCAGCAGCAUUGACUCCAACGUCAGCAGCAAGUCUGCGGGUGCUGCUGCCACCAAACUGAGAGAACCAAGCAAGAUCGGCUCCGGCCGGUCCAGCCCUGUCACCAUCAACCAGACGGACAAGGAAAAAGAGAAAGUGGCCGUGUCCGAUUCUGAGAGUGUCUCACUGUCUAGUUCCCCCAAAUCCAGUCCAACUUCUGCAAGCGCCUCUGGCACGCCAGGACUUAGGCAACCAGGAUCCAAAUACCCAGAUAUCGCCUCACCCACCUUUCGAAGGUUGUUUGGUGCCAAGGCAAGUGGUAAAGCUGCCUCUGCACCCAGUACUGAAGGUGUGAAACCCACAUCGGCAAUGCCCAGCCCUAGUACCACAUUGGCACGGCAAGGCAGCCUGGAAUCGCCAUCCUCGGGCACAGGCAGCAUGGGCAGUGCAGGUGGGCAAAGUGGUAGCAGCAGCCCCCUCUUCAGUAAACCUUCGGACUUAAAUGCAGAUGUUGUAAGCUUAAGUCACUCCUUGGCUUCCAGUCCCGCCUCAGUGCACUCUUUCACAUCAGGUGGUCUUGUGUGGGCUGCAAACCUGAGCAGCUCGUCAGCGGGCAGUAAGGACACACCAAGUUACCAGUCCAUGACUAGCCUUCACACCAGUUCCGAGUCUAUUGACCUUCCUCUUAGCCAUCAUGGCUCUCUCUCUGGACUGACAACAAGCACUCAGGAGGUUCAGAGCCUGCUCAUGAGGACUGGAAGCGUCAGAUCUACUCUUUCGGAAAGCAUGCAGCUUGACAGAAAUACACUACCCAAAAAGGGAUUAAGAUAUACUCCAUCAUCCCGGCAGACAAGUCAGGAGGAAGGCAAGGAAUGGCUACGCUCCCAUUCAACCGGAGGCCUGCAAGACACUGGCAGUCAGUCCCCGCUUGUUUCUCCUUCAGCUAUGUCUUCAUCUGCAACCGGAAAAUACCACUUCUCCAACCUGGUGAGUCCAACCAACCUAUCUCAGUUUAACCUUCCUGGACCCAGUAUGAUGCGUUCAAACAGCAUCCCUGCACAAGACACUUCUUUCGAUCUGUAUGAUGACUCCCAACUGUGUGGCAGUGCUACAUCCUUAGAAGAGAGACCACGAGCGAUUAGUCAUUCAGGUUCAUUCAGGGACAGCAUGGAAGAAGUACAUGGGUCCUCAUUAUCACUUGUCUCCAGCACAUCCUCUCUCUACUCCACGGCAGAAGAAAAGGCACAUUCAGAGCAAAUUCAGAAACUACGGAGAGAGCUGGUGGCAUCACAAGAGAAAGUUGCUACUCUUACAUCUCAGCUUUCAGCAAAUGCUCAUCUAGUAGCUGCUUUUGAAAAAAGCUUGGGAAAUAUGACCGGCCGAUUGCAAAGUCUAACAAUGACAGCUGAACAAAAGGAAUCUGAGCUUAUAGAGCUAAGGGAAACCAUUGAAAUGCUGAAAGCCCAGAAUUCUGCUGCACAAGCUGCUAUUCAAGGAGCUUUGAAUGGUCCAGAUCAUACCCACAAAGAUUUGCGUAUAAGGCGGCAGCAUUCUUCAGAAAGUGUUUCCAGCAUCAACAGUGCUACAAGCCAUUCAAGCAUUGGCAGUGGUAAUGACGCUGACUCCAAGAAAAAGAAAAAGAAAAACUGGGUGAACUCUAGAGGAAGUGAGCUAAGAAGCUCUUUCAAACAGGCCUUUGGAAAGAAGAAGUCCACCAAGCCUCCUUCCUCUCAUUCAGACAUAGAAGAGCUGACAGAUUCCUCUCUUCCUUCGUCACCCAAAUUGCCCCACAGCUCAGGAGAGUGUGGGACAACAUCAAUGAAACCAUCACAGUCAGCAUCUGCGUCAUCUCUAGUCUGGGCACCAAAGAAAAGGCAAAACGGUCACGUGGUCUACAAGCAUAGAUCCCGGAUCUGUGAGUGCACAGAGGCGGAAGCUGAAAUUAUUCUUCAGCUAAAGAGCGAGCUGAGGGAGAAAGAGCUAAAAUUAACAGACAUUCGUCUUGAAGCCCUCAGCUCUGCACACCAUCUGGAUCAGAUUCGGGAAGCUAUGAACCGCAUGCAGAAUGAAAUUGAGAUACUGAAAGCUGAAAAUGAUCGUUUAAAGGCAGAGACUGGAAAUACUGGAAAGCCUGCCCGGCCAUCAUCAGAGUCUUCAAGCAGCACAUCAUCUUCUUCAUCACGGCAGUCACUAGGACUUUCUCUGAACAAUUUAAACAUCACAGAAUCUGUUACAUCAGAUAUUUUGUUGGAUGAUGUCACUGAUGGAGGACUCCACAAAGAAGGUCAUAGUGUGAAAAUUUUAGUCACUAUAAACAAGGGCUAUAGUCGAGCCAAGGAUCAAAAACCACAUGCAUAUCUGAUAGGAUCAAUUGGAGUCAGCGGAAAAACAAAAUGGGAUGUUUUAGACGGUGUAAUCAGACGUCUCUUUAAGGAAUAUAUUUUCCGAGUGGAUCCAACGACUAGCCUGGGUUUAAGCUCUGACUGCAUUGCUAGCUAUUGUAUAGGGGAUGUAAUUAGAGCCCAUAACCUAGAAGUGCCUGAACUGCUGCCUUGCGGAUAUCUGGUUGGAGAUAAUAAUGUCAUCACUGUGAACUUGAAAGGAGUGGAAGAAAACAGUUUGGACAGUUUUGUGUUUGACACAUUAAUUCCUAAGCCAAUUACCCAGCGGUACUUUAAUUUACUGAUGGAGCAUCGCAGAAUUAUUCUGUCGGGACCCAGUGGCACAGGAAAGACCUACUUAGCCAACAGGCUGGCUGAAUAUGUUAUAACUAAAUCUGGCAGGAAAAAAACUGAGGAUGCAAUUGCAACUUUUAAUGUAGAUCACAAGUCAAGCAAGGAUCUGCGGCAAUACCUAGCAAACCUAGCUGAGCAAUGCAGUGCUGACAACAACGGUGCUGAUCUUCCUGUGGUCAUAAUUCUUGAUAACCUCCACCACAUCAGUUCACUAAGUGACAUCUUCAAUGGUUUCCUCAACUGUAAAUAUAAUAAAUGUCCCUAUAUUAUUGGAACCAUGAACCAGGGAGUUUCUUCUUCACCAAAUCUGGAGCUGCAUCACAAUUUCAGGUGGGUGCUGUGUGCUAAUCACACAGAGCCUGUUAAAGGCUUCUUGGGCAGAUAUCUGAGAAGGAAACUGAUUGAGACUGAAAUAGAAAAGAACAUACGCAAUAAUGAGCUCAUCAAAAUAAUUGACUGGAUCCCCAAAACAUGGCAUCAUCUCAACAGCUUCCUAGAAACACACAGUUCUUCAGAUGUAACCAUUGGUCCCCGCCUCUUCCUCCCUUGCCCUAUGGAUGUUGAUGGCUCCAGAGUGUGGUUCACAGACCUCUGGAACUAUUCCCUGGUGCCGUAUCUUCUGGAAGCUGUGAGAGAAGGACUUCAGAUGUACGGUAAGAGGGCACCCUGGGAGGAUCCCUCCAGGUGGGUCGCUGAUACCUAUCCAUGGAGCUCUGCAUCUCUGCAGCAUGAGUGGCCUUCGUUACUUCAGUUAAGACCAGAAGAUGUUGGUUAUGAAGGUUAUGCAUCAGCAAAAGAAGGAACAACCCCAAAGCAUGUUCCACAGACGGAUACAGAGGGGGAUCCCUUGAUGAAUAUGCUAAUGAGGCUUCAAGAGGCAGCCAGCUAUUCGAGUGCACAAAGCUGUGACAGUGAUAGCACCAGCCACCAUGACGACAUUUUGGAUUCAUCCCUUGAAUCAACUCUCUGAAAGGGACAAACCUUGGUGGAGGAUUAUGGUAAAAUCUGUUUCCACUAGACCACUGCCAGUAUUAAAGCAGCACGCCGAGGGCCCUGAGUGAGAACGGUGUGUUGUAGGUAGGCAGGACCCCUAACUGCAAAGUCAGGAAGAAAAAUUGAAGUGGAAAGCUUGAAUGAGUUUAAUUUCAAGGCAUUUCAAUACCUAUGGAGCCAAGUGAGCCUCCAUUUGUCAACUGGAAAGGGCCCUAGACCAAGGGCAUCUAAGCAGAUUGCACACAUGUUAGCCGAACUGGAAUAUUUUUUUCCCUUUUCCUCUUUCUCUCUCUCUCUGUCCCUCUGUCUCUGUUUCUCUGUACAAGUUUACAGUGCAACUUCUUUUGUUUUUUUCCUUUAGUUAACCCUGAGGCCCUGCAUGAACAAUGCGGUCUUCUAAUUCUCUUCUAACCUCUGUUGUGCCACAUGGUGCUGGUCACAGGACUGCAGUGGUGUUUGUGUUGUACGCUACUGCCCAUUCCAAAACGAGUCAAAGAUGAUGAUAGUAACUCAGAAAGCACAAACAGUAUUGUGCAAUCACCAGAAAACAUGACUGUGAUAUGCUGGAUAAGUGCCAAUUUAAUUCUAACUGCCAUGGUCAUGGUGAUGCGCUCCAUCAAGUUUUUAGUACACGAGUCACAGAUUUUAUAAAGUUGUUUUUACCACAAAGGUCUUUUUUAACCACCUGCCCACUCCUUAACAACAGUUUUAUACCAAUUAUUAACCAACACUGAUUAAAGGCUUUUUAGGGCUUCAUUUGUUUGAGCCUUUUCAGUGGAAGAAGGAACAUUUCUUAUGGUGCUGUCUCACUGCCUUAAAACAGAUUUCUAGAACAGUUUUACAGUUGGUUUAAUUCCUAAACCAUUGGUAAUUUACACUGUUUUUUUCUUCAUUUACUAAUGAGAAAACGUCAGUUAACACAGUAGCCUCAUAUCUGUAUAUCAUGAUUUUUUAAAGAAAUGGAUAGGAGAAAGAACAGUUGCUAUAUAAUAUUUUUAUCUUGUGAAUAGAUUGCUCUGCCUACCCUCAGAAAUACACAAGGAACCCAAACCCACUUCCACUGCCACCUAAAUGCUGAGAAAAUCGGCUCAAAUCCAUUUGGUCCCAUGGAAUGGAGUUUUUGGAGGAUAGAUGUUUUGAAUUCUUAUCCAGCAGAGCUGGAUGCACUUGAUGCAGCAUGAGCACAAAUAUAUGGUUUUUUUUCUUUUCCUUUUUCUAGUUUUAGCAUGUUGUUUUGAUUGCUAUUGUUGUACAUGAAGAAUUCAGCAUAAAAGAACACUGAAGCAGUGAUGUCCACUGUGGAAGAGGAAGAGUUUAUACUGUAAAAGUGGGUUGGUUUUGCACAGUCUACUGGGUGGGUAUUGUAAAUAUCGAAAAAAAAAAGGACAAAAAGAAAAAAAAAAAGCCUUGCACAAAUCAAAUCGAAAACAAACAAACAAAAAAAAAUUGUAUUUUAUUCUGUUGGUGUUAAGAGAUGUUUCACUUGCUGAGAUUUCCUGUAUGUUGCAAACAAAUACAGAAUGCAAACCUUAAAAGCUGUUAUUACCUGGUGUGUUUGUCCUGUAUUUACAGUUGUUAUGACUAUGCAGGAGUUAUCAAUGCUACAGUGAGCAUGUUUUGAUAUCUAUAUGAAGCCAAUACAUUCUGGGGGGAAUAAAUCCGAAAAUGUUUUAAAUGCAUAGGUCAUGGCAGGCUACAACCAGAUUGCAUUCAAACCGCUCAGAAUAACCGGAAACUCUUUUACCACAAGAGGCAUCCGGUUACCAUAGGUGCAUAUACACAAGAAGGUACCUAAGGGCUUUGGCAUUGUGUAGACAUGUACUGUACACCUCCACGGAUGUUACCUUCAGGAUGUGUAUUUGGUGCUAUUAACUCUUCGUGGUCACCCUGUGGUCACUCGCUGUAAAACAAAGAUAAAUCAAUGCAGUUUCCAAAUGGCACUGAGCUGCAUCGCUGAAUACAGAGGUUCCUACACGGUGCUACUGCCCUGUAAAACUCCAACUGACUUUAUGCAUGUAGGAUUCAGUCAGACCAACAUCAUGCCCCCCCAGAUCUGGAUCCAUUGUUGUUGCAAAACGUCAGUGCAUACACCCUCACUGACUCAAAGAACUAAAGGAAAGCUGCCCUUUCCUGUACCUGUGCUCUGAGCAAUCCUGCAGAUCUUUUCCUGCCAUACUUAACACACAAACACACGAUGUCACAUAUACAAAACUUCCUGCAAUACAUCUCAGUGAGUCCACCUAGUUUACAACUCAGAAAUUGUUUGUGAAACAUUUGUCUGUACACAUUUUAUAUUUUGUACAUUUUUGAUGUAACAUAUCAUGUAAAUAGACAGAAACAGUGAAAUAAAUCAUCUGAAAAGUUUUGUAGUCUUUGUAAAGCCCUAAUAAUAAGUAUUUGGUGUCAUCGGACUUAACUGGAUGAUGUAUUUUCUAUUGGUUUAUUGUUCCUCUAGCUUGUAAACCAGCUUGCGUAUAUUUUUUUGCAGGUGUGCACACUGUAUCUGUCUAAAUUAUUACUUUGCCAUUAAAGUGGAAUUAUUU